AUGUCAGGUUAUAAAUCCGCACCGUUGCGUUGUCUCGAUGCGUCGCAGGUCGCCCAGACCCUUAAAUUAGAUUACGGGAGGCGGUACCCCGAACAGCCAUUUGCUAUUAAUAUUGAUUAUUACCGUUGCAGGAUGGAGAAGUACAGUUUUGAAGCCAUUCUGGGGGAAGGUGGCUUUGGCCGCGUCUACCGCGUCAGGGAAAGUGGCCAGGAGGGUCAGCAGCGGGCACUCAAGGAGGUCCGCCUGAAUCCGGAAGCCGUCAGGGAGGCAGAAUUCAUGGGCCUCUUUGACCACUGCAACAUACUACCGCUCAUCGAGACGUUGGUGGAGCCCCCACACCUGUAUCUGCCGUUGUGUGAGGAGGAUUUGGGGACCUUCCUCGCCCGCGAUGGUCCGAGGAGGAAUCCCUCGUCCUUCUACCGGGUAGUCCGCCAGAUCGCUGUGGGCCUCGCAGAAUGCCAUCGGCACAGCGUGGUCCACCGCGAUCUGAAACCUGGCAACGUGCUGAGACAAGGGGCUCGGUUUAUGCUAGCCGACUUUGGGGUGGCCGAGCAAUUUACACCGUGCCGACCACUCCUAACAGAGUUGGCUGGCACUCCACUGUAUUGGAGCCCGGAGCAACUCCGCCGGGAGCCGUACAGCACCGCGGUGGACCUGUGGGCCUUAGUGCUCGUGGCCAUGAACGUGGCCGGCCCUGCCAGACCGACGGCCAGGCUACAGAGCACUGGGCCUCUUCCCCGGGCGGAGAACGCCAGAGGGAGUUGGCCCAGCUGCACCCGUCAGUUGUCUGGUUUGUCGAAGGGCUUUUGA